CACCAAACCCUCAACACCUGCCAGUACUUGACGGAAGCCUUAGACGAAAAAAGUCAGUUUGUUAAGGAAUAUUACUGGGAUAUGUCUACGCGAACAAACUUCAAAAUGAAAAUUUGACAGACUCUUAGUUACCCCGGACAAGCUCUCGUUGCUGUUUGAUGAAAUUUGAUGCAAUUCUCUGGGAACUUUCGCAAACUAUUAAGAAACGCUUUGCAUUUCAGCAGGUUUUCAUACAGCAUUAACGUUUGUCCAAAAAUCAGUCGUUACAUUUGAAGAGAUUUCUGUAGCUCAAGUAUUACCGUAGGGUAUUGGACAACGCCACGAUAUGUAACAUCUUCAACCGCCGCAGUUUUCAGGAGUUAUCCUACCUGCAUUUCAAGUCUCGGAAGGUUAACUCGGCUGUCAUCGCUAUGGAGACGACACAGGCCCUCCUCCUCUUGAGUUUAUGUGUCUACGGUUGUCACGGCAACCCCCGCUCUACCCCGAGAGUGCAUUUGUCUUUCAAAGAGCUACUGGAGACCAAGACGAUCCGCCCGUUCAGUUUCUCGUUCAACACCAGCGACUACCGCAUCCUGCACAUGGACCAGGACCAGGGCCGUCUCUACCUGGGCAGCCGGGAGUACGUGGUGGCUCUGGACAUGCAGAACAUCAACAAGGAGCCGCUCAUAAUUCACUGGCCGGCCACAACUCAGAGGAAAGGAGAGUGCAGGCUAACUGGAAAAGGUGGACAGGGUGAGUGUGCCAACUUCAUUCGCCUGAUUGAGCCAUGGAACCGCACGCACCUGUAUGCCUGUGGCACGGGCGCCUACCGGCCAAUUUGCACCUUCAUCAACCGCGGCUGGAGAGCGGAGGAGUACCUGUUCCGACUGGUCCCUGGAUAUGCGGACUCAGGCAAAGGGAAGUGUCCCUACGACCCCCGUCAGGAGAGUGCUGCGGCCCUCAUCAAUGGAAAUCUGUACGCAGGAGUCCAUGUGGACUUCAUGGGCACGGACCCCGCCAUCUUUCGUACCCUGGGAGACCGGCCAGCUGUCAGGACGGAGCAAUACGACUCCAGGUGGCUCAAUGACCCGGUGUUUGUGCGGAUCCGGAAGAUUCCGGAUAGCGCCGAGAGAAAUGACGACAAGCUCUAUUUCUUCUUCCGGGAGAAAAGCCUGGAUGCUGCAGGAGGGGGCAGCCCGAGUGUCCUGUCCCGGGUCGGACGUGUCUGCCUGAACGAUGAUGGAGGCCAAAGAUCUCUAGUGAACAAAUGGACAACCUUCCUGAAGGCUCGCCUGGUGUGCUCUGUGAUCGGCAGUGACGGGGUGGAGACGUACUUUGACGAGCUACGGGACGUGUUCAUUCUGCCCACUCAGGACGAGCGGAACCCUAUAGUGUAUGCUGUCUUCUCCACGGCCGGGUCAGUGUUCAAAGGCUCUGCAGUGUGUGUGUACUCCAUGGCGGACAUCCGCAACGUCUUCAACGGGCCCUUCUCCCACAAGCACGGCCACAACUACCAGUGGACCCCCUACACGGGCAAGAUCCCUUAUCCUCGGCCCGGAACGUGUCCUGGAGGGACGUUCACGCCCGGCCUCCGCUCCACCAAGGAGUUCUCCGACGAGGCGGUGAACUUUGUCCGCGCGCAUCCCCUCAUGUACCACCCCAUCUACCCCCUCCACAAGCGCCCCCUGGUGGUGCGCACGGGCGUCGACUACCGCUUCACCACCAUCGCCGUGGACCUGGUGGACGCCUCCGACGGCCGGUACGAGGUGCUCUUCCUCGGGACAGAUCUGGGAACUGUCCAGAAGGUGAUAGUCCUUCCCAGAGACCUGAGCACCACGGAGGAACUCAUUCUGGAAGAGGUGGAGGUGUUCAGGACUACCGCUCCGGUUAAAACAAUGAGGAUUUCUGCAAAAAGGCAACAGCUGUACGUGUCGUCCGAGCGGGGCCUGACCCAGGUGUCCCUGCAUAGAUGCGACGUCUACGGGAAGGCGUGCUCGGACUGCUGCCUGGCGCGGGACCCCUACUGCGCCUGGGACGGCGAGAGCUGCGCCCCCUUCACGGCCACCACCAAAAGGAGAAGCAGGAGACAGGACAUCAAGCACGGAGACCCCCUGCGGCAGUGUCGAGGGUUCAAUGCCAAAGUAGAGAAGAGGCUGCGGGAGACGGUGCAGUUUGGGGUGGAGGGAAGCAGCACCUUUCUGGAGUGUCAGCCCAGGUCACCUCAAGCCUCCCUCAAAUGGCUCUACCAGAAGGAUGGAAGGCGGAAAGCGCUGAACCGUGACAGGGAGGUGUUGAAGACGGGCCACGGCAUCCUGCUCAAGUCCCUGUCUCAGGCGGACGCCGGCCUCUACCACUGCCUGGCCACCGAGAACAACUUCAAGCACACGGUGGCGCGCAUCUCCCUCCGCAUCUUGGACCGCGAGAUCGUGGAGGCCCUGACCGCGCCGGACGUCCCCGACAUGACGUUGAUGCUGGACCAUGGCCACCACAACCCCCACCACCGCCACCACCAGAAGCAGCAGCAGCAGCACCAUCCGCAGCAGGAGCGGCAGCCCCCACCUCCACCCCCUCCGCCCCAGACGCGCCCUCCCAAGCUGCCCUCGCAGCCGGAGGUGCGGCUCAUAAACCAGUACUGCCAGUCCUACUGGCAGCAGGGCGCCGGGGCGGGCAACGCGGCCGGGGGUGGCGGCCGCCCGCAGAAGCCCAAGCGCACCAGCCGGAGACACACAGAUGAAACGGACGACCAGGAGACCCAAGACCACUAACACCUAACCCCACACACCACACCCUCCAGCCCUGCUAUCCUGUAUCACAGACACUGCACCAUUACCCCCCCCUCCACACACACACACACACACACACACAUACACUCACAGCCUGGAAAUCUUUAUUACCCCCACACACAACCCCCCACCCCCCACACACAGAGUCAUAUGACGUACAUCACAGAGAGUUGGCGUGAGCUGCUGGGAGGUGGAGACGGACAGACCCGUCGUUGCCGUUGGUGAUCACUGUACUGACUGACCUGAGGAAAGCUAUGCGUCGAGACGUCCUGAACUGUGGCAUUAGUUGAUCAGGAGAAGGGCUGGAUCCUCCCUGAUGCCGGGGCAUUACACAACACUGACCACCAUGCCCCCCCCCCCCCUGUAAUGUGUUAGUACAACCCCAGAGCCCCAUCCACAACAUUAAUAGCUAUGGUGGUUGUAACAAAGCGAGUGUAUCUUCCUUUCACCCUCUCACACAGAUCCCCCUUUAUCACUUCCUACUAUACUAGCACCACGGUGCGUUUUGGGGAACCUGGCCUUGUCCAUGUAUAAGCUGCUGUUACUCGAGCAGAUCGGCUAUAGUGUUGUGAUACAUAUACGGUUGGAUGUACAAUACUGUUUUUUCUGCUCACCUUUUUGAUAUAGCAUUGGGCCCUGUCUGUUGCAUGUCGCACCAUGUUGAACAUGUUGAACUCUGAAAGUUCACACAGUCCUUGCACGCCUGGAGGCAUCUCACAAAGUGAUCAUUAUCAAGGCGUUCACUGUCAGUGACUCAAAUGACUCCAAAAAAAAAACAUUUUUUAAAUUGUUGUUUAAUUCAUACUUUCCACGGUAGUCGUUAAUGCUUUAACUGACGGAUUAGGGUGGAGAUGUAUUACUUGAAAGAAUCUCAAGAGGUGCCCACUAUUAGUCAACAUUAAGAUGCUUUACUUGGACGGCAACCUAAAAUAUGGGAGGUAUCAUGGUUAGACCAAACAUUAAAGUAUAUGAGGAUGUAGAAAACCAUAAAGCCCUGACAGACAUUGUGGGAAUGAUAAAUUGUCCCAUUAUAUACCCAUUGCUCUGGCUCUUUAUAUAAAACCCAGAGCAAUUUCCAGAUAAAGGUCUCUUACCUUAUGUAUCAUUAUGUUGCCUUCAGUAUGUAUCUCACAUUUUAACAUUCAAAUAGCAAUAUUUUCAGUUGCAUUCUAAUUGUAAAGUAUUAUUCAUUUGGACCUUGAGGAAAGUGCUGGCACUGGGCAACUUUAAAGUGUUCCCCCACUUCAAGGCCACGCCGUUAGAGCACCCCUGACAUCUCUGUGUGUGUGUGUAGAGUCACCUGUUCUUAUUUGGCUCAAAUUCAAUUCAGUUAAGUGCCCCUUUAGGUCUCCAAAAACAUGAUUUGUUACAGAACUUAAGAUGCCAACAGCAACUAAAUAUUAAAUGUGUAUCAUAUGUUUAGAAAUGUAGAAAUAAUUCAUGAUAUCUUUUACCCCCUCUUGCAUAUACAAGAUACUCGAUUUCACUCCCACUGAAUAACUAAUGUGCAUUAUAAUAGCCAGAACAAGACAAAGCAUGAUUUUAAAUUAGUCAGUUUAAAUAUAUAUAUAUAUAUAUCAAGGCAAUGUGUCACUGAGUUGGAACACAAGUCUAAAUUAUGGACCAAAACUACGACUACUGCUAAGAUGCAGGACUUCAUUUCCCAUGCAGGAAAAUCUGCACUACAAGACUAUUAGACUGGAUAAAAUGACAGUGUCAUAUGCAAUUGUUGUUGAACAAUGUUUUUGUAUAGCGAUCAAUUUAAUCUCUGCAAGUGACACUAUUGCAGGUGAAGUCCUCUGCUAGGUCAGUAGUCUUCUUUUAUAUGUGUUCUGCGUGUCCUACACAGAUAUACCGAGACCUUAUCACUGUUGUAUUUCUAGUCCACAAAAAAAAAGAGCACAUAUCCAAUAGCCUACAGCAAGGCCGUCAACCAGUGUAGUUAUUGUAAAUCACUUACGCCUGAAAAAAAAUGCAAGUAAGAUGUUUUCAUUUUUACUAAUGCAUGUAUCAUCUGUGCUGGAAAAGUAGCUUAGAUAACAGUGAAUAUGAUUUAGUGUGUCUCUCCUUCCCACCCCAGGCACUGGGGAUUCCCCUCACCCCAUUGUGAAAUCAAACUAUUAAGCGACCAGUGUGCAAUUUUCCCUGGUGCUACACAUUUCGAUUUCACGUCAGCAUGACACAGACUUGGAGCUUCACAACGACUUGUGAUAGUUUGUCUGCUUCGUGUUUGUGAAGAGCAAUGUAGUCUGUCAGGCUCCAGUUCUUUGUGUGUAGAGGCAAUUAGGUAUACUGUUACCGCAGCGCCAUCUGUUGGUCAAAUUGAGAUACUGCUCUUAUUCAUCUACUCCUCUGCUCUCUUCCACCCUCGCCAUGGCAAAUAUUUAUUUUGAGACUGUACAUAUUCCUGUAAGUUGUGCACUUUGGUGGUGGGGUGAGGGAACUGGGUUCGGUGAGCCUUAUAAUAUUGUGUGUUGUUCAUAAACAGGACCAGUAUUCAUGGAAAGAGAAAAGAGGUAGACUUUUUGGAUGAAAGCUGACGGAAGUGAAGCGCUGUAAAACAAACCUCGAUACUUGCUCCAGAUGCAGAGUUUAGGCCCACAGCAAUCCUGCUCAAUGAACAUUGUAUUCAGUUAGUAGGAGAUUGCGAUGAUAGAGUUGUAACUGCUAGGGAAGACGUACUGUUUGAAACAGGGAAAUUUUAGCUGCAGGAUUUAUUUUGUUUUUUAAAAAAAGAGAAAAAAGUCUACCUCUUCUAGCACUUUCUAUGGAAUAUCACUUGUACCAAAUCACAUGAGCAAGACAAAAGGAACCACAUCCAAUUUAAGCACACUCCGGAUCAGUCCAAAAGACGUAAAUCAACACAGACGCUAUGAAAACACAAAACGAAGAAGAAAAAAAAAGAGAAAGAUGUGGGAAGGGAAGGUUCCUCGCAUUUUUUACUUGAGCGAUAAAAUAAAAUAUUCUCUCAAGUAAACAAUCUUGGACAGGCAGAGGGUACACCACCCCCACUGCAGUCUCUCUAUCAGUGUAGCCUCCAUCCAGGCCAAGCUCCAUAUCCUCCCCCUGCCACACCACAGGCUCACAGAGGGGGCUAGUGACGUGCAUGGGUCCUAUUUGUCUUGCUGUGCUUUGGGUUGGGUGUUUUGUCAUUGAACUAAAAUCAAGCUACAUCUUAAUUGUUCUUUGUACUUGUAGAUGUGUUUAAUUUUUUUUGUUUGUUUUGCCAGACUAAGUAAGUGAACGUGGUUGUUUGUAAUAAAUAUUAUUUUAUUAUUGUUGUUAUAUUUCUUGCGUUUUUGGAAUUUCAAUAGAUAUAUAACUGUUUUAUAAACUUGGGGAAGCAG